CGGGUGGCAUCGGCGCCGCCGCGCCCGCGCGGCCCGCGGGUCGGCGGCGGCGGGCGCCGCGCCGGAGCCGCCGGCGAGGCCGCAGAUCCCGACGUCCGUGUCCGGAAUGGUUGAGCAGGCCGUGGAGUCGAUCACGGCCGCCUAUGAAGACGGCAUCACCCGGCAGUGUGCCAGGCUUCGCCUGGACAUGUUCCUGCCCACCCAAGAGCCACUCAGCAACGAUUGGCAGUGGGAUGGCACCAAUGGUUGGCGAAGGAUGCCUGCGCCUCCUGAGAUGUACCGUGGAGUCAGGGCCGUUCAUAAUUAUGCGUUGCCGCGUGUCCGGGAACUUGUAAGCGAGUUAGGUCGCGGAGUCGCUCAACAGGAAUUGAGGGUGACAUUGAUCGGCGAGGAGGAUUCACCCGAUAUUGGCACUUUGCUGUACAGAGACGCCGAAGACCCUAAAGAUGAUGUUGCCGUUUUCUUCCUCGCGGGCAGGCCUUUUGCAGGCAAAGAUGGUACUAUUGAUUUCCUGGAAGGCAUGAAGAGGCGUUUAGUAGUCAUGCUCAACUCCGAGGAUGCGGCGUCGACUUUCAAGGUUGAGAACGAAGCGUCCGACUUCUGGAGCGAGCCUUGGUCUUACUUGGCAGCGAAAGAAUUUUGCAGCAUGUUCCCCGCCCAGACGUACCACUAUUCCACGGGAUCCUGUGAUGGCUGGCCCAACGUGCUCUUUCGGGCCUAUCCACACCCGUGGGCAUUCUACAUCGAGGGGCUGGACGACCGGCUCGUUUUGCUCAAGGAAACCGAGGCGAAGCCGAACAUCGAGCAGAUAGAGGAGUGGACGGCUGAGUUUGAGCAGAGCAGUGGCGCCUCGGCCAUGCAGAAACGGGAGAAGACCAUCCGGGACAGGCGCGAUUGAGAGCCUUGCUCCCUCGCAGCAGCUUCUUCGGCAAGUCGCACCGGCCAGUGCACAGAUGAAGCAGGAUGCGGGUGAAUGAUCACCCCUUCUUGAGUAGUCUUACCCUUCUUCUCCCUGUCCCCCCUGCCCCCCCUGAGUGUCGGCCACGGUGAGUGGUUGCGACCACCGUACUCGCCUCCAGGGCGGUGGCACCAGCAGGCUUGGCCCGCCGGUGGGUCACGCGCUCCACAGCCGUACAGGCCUCGGGAAGAAAUAGCGAACACUCCUGCCGAGGCAGAAGGGCACGGCGCGUGAGUGCUCUAGGCAAACAGGUUCGGGCCGCGCUUCAAAUUCGGCUCACGAUUGCCAUUCACAUGCAAUACGUCUCUCAGCGCCAGCGCGCCGAUCAGUCAAGCUUCUGCGCGCCGUGCAUUUUGUUUGUUACCUGGGCUCGUCGGUGUUGCCUCAGCGCUGCCAGCUGGCGCUCGUGUGUAGCAAAGCUCGGUGGCCCGUGUUCGCCCGCGGUGCCUUGCCAGAGCAUGCGAGACGUUUGAGCCAGAACGCAGACUUCGUUGGACACUGCGAGCUACUCUUGCCCCAUAGGGGCGCUGGAUUGGCGGCGCGCGGACUUCCCUUCAGCAAGGGGAAGGGAAGAAGAGAUUGGAGGAAAGUGGUUCAGAUGUUAGUGUGUUCGCCCACCUUACUUGCCAACUUCCCACAGUGAGCCGGCGUGCCCUCUAGACGAACUUUCUUUGGUCACCUAAGGGCUUCCGGCGCGCUGGCCACUGCUCAUCCUCCUCCUCGAUCCCCCCAAGCCCAUCAGCUCGGCUCAGCUCGGCUCGGCGGGCCAGGCGCGCAGGCGCCGGUGACCGUCUGCCCGGCCGCGGCGGCGCGGCUCAGCAGCAGGCCGCCGGGCAGCACGGCGUCGACGCGCGCAGCCCCGUCGCCGAGCAGGCCCGCGCGGUGGUCGGCCACGAGGCUCGCGUAGACCCGCCGGGCCGCGCCGCUGUCGCGGCCGGGGCUCGAGCACGGCGGAGGCGUAUGAAGGGGCCCUGGGACACACAGAUAAAUACACACAAAUCAAAAGAUUCCCCCACAUGUUUUCCC